CGGGGAAGCCUCAGCAGCAGCAGCAGCAGCAGCAUUAGAAAUCCAGAAAAUCGGCGAAAAAAACCUGAGAAAGUAGAAGUGACCCCGAGGAGCUCCUGGAAUGCCGCCAUGACUACCCUCCAAACCAAUAAGGAUCCGCACCUCCGAGGUGUAUCUCCCAACCCUAGCAAAAUUCCAGUACUCUCUCAAAGAUGCUCAGAUUUUUCCUCAGCCAAGUCGGCCUCUCUGGACCAGGAGAACCAAGAUCCAAGGAGAUCAGCGAAGAAACCACUGCACCGUACUCAACGUCCCCUCACUGACACGGCAGGCCUCAGAUCGAAAGCCCUGCACCAGACAGAAAAAUCACAAAAACUGAGGAUCACUCAGCCGCGGAACCCUUUGGAGGAACUCAAGCCUAGCUCUGGGGGAUCAAAUGUGGGGCUCGUCACCCAUCCCCAGACAGAGGCCUCAGGGGCUAUAGAGUUUGUUGCUGACCCCGCAGCCCUGGCCACCAUCCUGUCAGGUGAGGGAGUGAAGAGCUGUCCCCUGGAGUCCCGGUCCAGUCUGGCUCAGAGAGUGCUAGUGCGUGAGAGAAAGGGAGGCACCCACACCCAGAGGGGCCAGAGUGCACGGUCUUCCGCAUACCUGGCUCCCAGAAUCCGUGCCCACCAAGCGGAUCCCGCCAGGGCUUCCUGCUUCUCAAGGCUGGAGGGCCCAGGGCUCCGAGACCGCACUUUUUCCUCACAGAGGUCAGAGGCUCUGAACCCACGUGCAGGUUCCUCCUUUCAUUCCUCCGCUCGCCCCAGUUUACAGGAGCUCAGAAGAGAGACCUGUGGCGGUAGCAGGGAUGGAUCCUGUACUGACAGCAGGACCUCAGCAAGCCAGGCCUCGAGACUGCUCCUGAAGACCCCGGUGCAGCCUGCUUCCUUAACCCUCAGAGGAGACCACGAGGCUGUUCCUCACUCAGGUGGAGAAGGAGGACCCAAACUGGGUCUGGCUCAACGAGUUCCAUUAAAAGAAAGCCUAACACACUCCAGGACCACGUAUUCAUCCAUGAAACGCUUUACCACUCGACGGAAAACCCAAUUCACACCCCUCCGGUCACUACCCAGAGUCCAGCAGGCCCAGUGGCUGAGUGGCCUCUCUCCUCAUUCCUCCCCUGAAGAGCCUGCCCUGCCCUGGGAGCAGAUUGCUGUGAAGUUGUUUGACCAGGAGAGUCUCGUCGCCUUGCAGAAGGGACCUGGGAAACCAUCUGUGGCAAGCACUUCUGGACCUCAGUCCAAGAGAACCCCCAGCCACCAGGAGCUAAAGAUGCAGCGCAUCCAUAUUUUGCAGCAGCUCUUGCGGCAGGAAGUAGAGGGGCUGGCAGCGGGCAGUUGUGCAGCUCUGAAUGGAGGCUCCGCUUUAGAUAUGACCGAACGCCAGCCCCCAAUGGCUGAAGACUCCAGCACUCUGAGCGCUCCAGCACACAAGUCUGAAACUCCCCUUGGACUGCCAGAACACUCUGGUGUGACAGAGGCCCUCCCUGCGGAAGAGCGUGAGGAGCCACAGGCUUGCCCUGGGGAAGACACUAAGGAGUCACAGCCCCGCUCUACCACAGAACUAAAGCCCCCAGUGCCACACAGAGCUGAGCCAGAGCCGCCAGCACCCUGCCUUCCAGCACUGUCAGGACCCCCUCUGCCUAGUUGUCGGGGACAGGCUGAGCCCCCUGAGGCUCGCCCUGGGAUACAGCUGGGAGCGUCGGUAGCCAGCGCUCUGCAAGCUGGAAACCCAGAGUCUAGCCCAGAGCCCUGUUGCAGUAGGGGGCCUCCAGCAACCACCAGCCUGACCUCGUCACAAAGCCCAGUGUGUGCCAGCUUCCCUAUCCACUCACUGCACUCUUCGAGAUCCCCGACAGGCCGCUCAGGCCCCAGCAGUGUGGCCCCUCGAACCCUGGCCCUGAGGCAGCGCCUCAGAGCUUGUCUCACCACCAUCCACUGUUUCCAUGAGGCUCGCCUGGAUGACGAAUGCGCCUUCUACACCAGUCGAGCCCUGCCCCCAGGGCCUACCAGGGUCUGCACCAAUCCUGUUGCUACAAUGCUUGAAUGGCAAGAUGCCCUGCGUUUCAUUCCGGUUGGCCCUGUGGCCCCACAGGACUCUCCGUCGUGACUCUGGCCUUUUCUGGGCUUCUGCCCUGCUGUACUCACCCCUUCCUUUAGCCUUAUUUAUUGUCGACCUGCCCAUUGGACUGGGAGCCAACGCCCUUUUAUCCUUUAUAAUAAAGUUUCUGUAAAUUGUGUUUGAA